AUGCUGUCUGUUGGAGCUAAGCGUUCUCGCAUUUACGACUACUUACUGGAGCAUGACCAAAACGUGAUCCAGGUCGACGUGGAUAACCUAGUUCGCGACCAUUCUGGCUCUCUCUCUACGCAGGACGACAACGAGGCGACGGCAAGGGAAAUUGCUGCUUUGGCUGCGGCCAACCCCGAAAACGUUUCCACUGUAUCAGAGACAGAUGCAGGUGAAACGGGCGUGAUUUCAUUGGCAACAGCGCACAUGAGGCGAAUGUACGGGUGGUUCAGCGAGGUUCUGCUCGUGGAUUGUAGCCACAAGAUCAACAGGUACAACUACCGGCUCCUUACUUUCAUGGGAAUGAACGAAUUUUGCGAAGGGGCGGUUGUGCAGCAGUCACUCAUCGAUGCUAAUGGAGAUUGGCACAUGGAGCGGGCUAUUGCGCACUCCUAA